UUAUUCUCAAUUGCAUUUUGUUUCUCAUCUCUGAUCUGUCCCAUCUCCUCUCAAUCCCUCAUUCAUUGGUCACCAGAACACACAAGGCAGCCAUUGCUGGGAAAAUGCAGGGCCAGAGAGAAGACAUUCAUAUUGAUCCUCGUUGCUGCGCUCUCUCACAGGGUGACUCAGGCAAAGGUAAUGGACAUGGUUCCUAAUGCCGUGGAUGACCAGUACACUCACUGUCGGGAGCAGAUGUUGAAGAAGGUUGUGGAAGGGGGUCUGCUGGAAGAAGAACUGAAAGGCAGUACAGAGUAUAGUUCUGCCUGGCAGGCAAAGCAGUGUACAAAAUUGAUCCCGGGAGGCGUCAAGCAACACACAGAUGCAUUGGUGGCUUAUGGACAUGGGGGAAAUGUGUUCAGAAAGAUUUUCAACCAAGCAGUGGAGACUCAGGGUGGGAAUGUCACUGUCUAUAACGGCAACUUCCGGUUCAAAUCCCUCCACUUCCUUCUAAUGGAUGCCAUGAGGCUUUUGAAGACAGAGAACUGCCAAACUGUGUUUCGUGGCCCAAGCAAAGAGUAUGAGGCACAAGUAGGGUCAGAAGUGCGAUUUGGGAGGUUUACCACAACCAAGGCCAAACGUUCCGACGCGGAGGAAGCUGCUUCAGACAGUGGGAUCCUUUUCAACAUUAUUUCCUGCACUGUAGUCAACAUUGAUGAGUACACUUGCUUUUCAGACAGCAUUGAUCAGCUGWUAUCCCCAGCAGAGGUGUUUAGGGUGGCAGAGGUAAACAAUGUAAGAAAUAAAGAUCACGAGUACAGAGAGAUCGUUUUGACAAGUUCAAGGACUCACAGCAUUGACAGCAUCCACGACUGUUACCUCUUCCCCAGAUCUACAAGUACGAAUCUUCCAUCAAUCAUCCCCAAAGGCUCCUCUACUCAAUGGCUUGGCAGUAGCCUGUCUGUUCUUGUGGUUGUAUCUCUCUCUAUCUCCCUGAUCACCAGGACUGAUCAUCUCUGAUAAACUAAAGUGUUGAAUGCUAAUAGAUGCGGUAAAGAAGUCAAUGGAACGCAGACCGUGGGAUAGAAGACGCACAUUCAA